AUGCUGCCCGACCUCGCAGGCGCCGUGACCCGGGGCCCGCGUCAGCGUCGGCGCUUGCGUCUCGACGCCUGCGUCUUGCAGGCCUACAGCAUCUCGGGGGAAAAGGUGGUCCCCCCUGGAGACAUCACCUUUGCGGAGUUGGAGCUCUGGUUCGCGUCCUCCGGCGACAUGGUGAAGCUCAUGGUCAUCGAGCUGACUGCCGAAGAGCUCACAGACCACAUCGAGAGGGGCCUGUCGCCGCUGCCGGGGGAGUCCUGGAGGCUGCUGCACCUGUCCAGCGCGCUCCGCUGCGAGGCCGACUUGUCCCUGCCCGCGGGCCGUCGGAUCACAAGGCUGCUUUUUCACGGGGAGCCGCUGCCCGAGGGCGCGGUCCUGUGCUGCGCCGUGGCCGCCGACUUUGCGCGCUGGGCCGCGCCGCAGGCGCCGCGCCUCGUGGACGAGGAGGGCGCCGUGAGCCUCGUGGAGGUGCUGCUGCGGAGGCUGCGGGCGGUGGGCGAGGUGGACGAGGCGUGGGCCCCCCGCGGGCGGCUGCAGCUCCGUGGCGAUGAGGCGGCGGCCCCUGGCGCGGGCGGCGGCCGCGCGCUGGGCGCGCCGCGCGCCGGGCUGCCGGCGGUGUCCUCGGACUUCGACGCCGCCCGCGAGAGCUACCGCAACGCGGGCGUGCUGCUCGGCCUGGGCCGCGAGCACCAGGAAGGCAGGCCCGUGGUGGUGGCCACGGGCAAUUUCUCGAAGCUCGUCAGGCUCGUGGAGGUGUUCGCGAAGCAACGGGUGCCCGUGGAGCGUGCGCCGCCGGCGCUGCCGCUCCACCUGAGGCCGCAGAUCUGCCCAGGCCACGCCUCGAGGCCGCUGUCGGGCCUGGAGCGGGACUGCAUCAGGAAACUCCUGGCGUAUCCGCCAGGCGUGCUGGUGAGCGUGGCAAGCCUGUGUGUGGAGCCGCAGGGGCCUACAGGAGGCGGCGACCAGUGGUUCUUCGUGGACGACACGCCCGCCGGCACGCAGAUCUACGUCAAGGACCGCAUACACCGCGGCGUUGACAGCCCCGCACUUCGCUUUCGGCCCUCGCGCAGCCUCAGCGAGUCCGUGGGCAAGUCUGCGUCCAUCACGGUGAUGUUCGGCCGCGCCGGGGCCACGAGCGCCGGGCAGCUGCUGUGCGAGUUCUUCGAGGGCGGCACCGUCUACGGACAGAUGUGCGCCCCACGCGGCGUAGAUCUCGAGGCCCCCUGCUUGCCCUUCGAAUACGUUUUCAAGCCGCGGGGCGGGGGCGGCCUCACCAUCGCCGAGGCGCGGGGCGAGGAGUGGGCGCGCCUGGCGCGGGCGGGGCAGCCGCGGCUGCUGGACGCGGGGCCGUACGCCGCCGCCGCGCGCCGCUUCCUCACAGGGGUGCCCAGCUCCGAGGCCACAGUGCAGGGCGGGAUGUCGCCGCCGGCCCUCUUGCACAGGCGUUUCGACUGCAACCACGGCUACGAGCACUGGGAGUCCGACCUGGUGGGGUGGUCGGAGCCGAAGAAGGCCUGGUGCUGCGAGCGGGCGCACCGCGGUUGCGGGACGACCAGCACCCCCACUUCGACAGAGGCGCCCACGACGAGCACCGCCGCCUCGACCAGGGGGGCCAGCACCAGCACCUCGGCCAGCGCGUCCGCCUCGGCGGCCACGUCCGCAGCGCGGCGGCAGGCGCUGGACCUCGUGGGCGCCAUCCCGCAGCCGGGGUCGUGCGCGGCCUACGGGUGCUCCGGCUUCAACCUCUCGCGGCCGUGCCAGUGCAACGCCCGCUGCCAGGACUUCGGAGACUGCUGCCCCGACUUCCCGCAGACGUGCCCUCUGGCCGCCCUGCCCGCCGCCCUCGGCCCGGCGCUCGCCGCGCAGGGCGGCGCCGACGGCGCGGCGGACUGGGAGAACGUCGACGUCGUGUUGACCGUCCCGAACAUGAAGCUGAGGAACACCACCCUGGUCCUGCGGGCGGACAGCACCACGCCCGCGCGCGGGGGCACGGCGCCGGCGACGAGCACAAGGAGCACCACGUCCACCACCGCGCCUGCCGGGCCAGGAGGCCACGGCUUCUGCUGCACCGCGGCCUCGGACAGUGCUGACACGUGCGGCACCUGCUGGCCCGGGGCGCGCUCGGGGCCGUCCAAUUGGUGCGGUCCGUCGCUGGACCGCUGCCGGCAGUGCGGAGGGACCUGGUGUGGGCCCCACCCCGCGGCGCAGGACAGGGUGGACAACGUGAUCGUGGAGUCGUCGCAGCACGACGCUCGUGUCGUGGACGGCAGCGGGCGGCACUGGCUGCUAGGCGCCCUGGUCGUGACCGCGGCUGGCCUGACCGUCGCCGCCGGAGUCGCCAGCGCGGCCUGCAGGGCGCUGAACAGGCCGCGCCAGCUGCUCGCCUACAGCGCGUACGGGCGCCCGUUGCAGCGGCUCUACGAGCAGCUGCCGCUGCAGUCCGUCGUGGAGGACGAGCUGGACUGGCGCCCAGCGCACGAGUCGCACCGCGAGGCCCGGCUGCCGGACAGGCCCGGCUUCUCGAUGGUGGCGGCGGUCCGGGACCCGAGGCCGAUCACGGUGUCGCUGUAG